UAAUAUAUAAUAAUAAUUCUUAUUGUUUUAUUUCUUCUUCUUCUUCUUCUUUCCUCUAUUUUUAUUUUUAUUUCCUCUAUUAUUAUUUUAUUGUAUGACACAGCAAACAAGAUAGAUAUGCUGGAUUUCGUAUCACAAAAUCACAAGUCGAACACUUCCCAAGCAUUUAGGACUGUGUGAUGUAUUUUUGGAUGAAAUUAUUAUUAUUAUUAUUAUUAUUAUUAUUAUUAUUAUUAUUAUUAUUAUUAUUAUUUAGCUGAGUUGGAUAAAAGAGAAGGGAUGGAAGAUACUAUUUUUUAAAGACAGCAGGGAUUCUUACAGCAAAUGCAGGGCUGGAAUGGAAUAUAGUUGAUGCCAAAACUAUGUUUCCUCCUUUGAUGAGCAUUUUUAGCCAUCGCUUUUUAGAUCUGUGUGUUAAGCAGCCCGCUCUUUUGCAGCUUCAGUACGUCGUGCCCCUUCUUUGCUCGGAAGCCCGAAAUACAAGCUGGGAAGGCAGCAUGGAUGAUGACCUUCCAUGGAAAACAUUAUCCCGCCCCAGCUUCUGCUACUCAAAAGCUGCCUUGUGCUUAUGGAAGCAUCCCCUUUUCAAAGAACUAUUGUGGGAAAAAGCCUUCCAGCUGACUCUCCAAGAAUGGCUUCUGAUGGAACUGGCAGUCUGUCCCGACGAAGACGUUCUUUCUGCCGUUGAGAGGCAGGACUUCCAUUACUGGGCUCUGUACCAGCACUUUCUUCCUCUGUCUGUCGCUGCUGGCGGCUGCGAGGGAGACCUAAGAGAGGCCUGCGCCGUUCUCCUUGACGCCGUCUUGGAUUUCGGACAGAGGGGCUCAGUGAUACACACAUCAAGGUCUGAGUUGGGAAAGUGUAACCAUCCAAAUAAUCCCAAACGUUCCACAUUCCAGAGGAGAGGGAACCCCGAUAUCUACGCCAGAUUGCAGGAGAUGCUGCUGGAGCUGGAGCUGGAGCGCAGGAGAGCCUGGCCUGUGUCCGGUGGCGGCAAAGAGGAGCUCCUCUUGUUCCGGGUUUUCCAGAAGAGGCUCAAAGGGUUGAAGAGCGGGGAAGAAAUGCACCGGCAGCAAGAACUGUUCCUUCAAACCAGGCAGGACACAGCAUUGUCAAAUACAUCUAUAAAAUUAUAUAUUAAAACAUAGUAAUAUAUAUUAUUAUUAUUUCGUGUCAGGAGCGACUUGAGAAACAGCAAGUCGCUUCUGGUGAGAGAGAAUUGGCCGUCUGCAAGGACGUUGCCCAGAGGACGCCUAGAUGUUUGAUGUUUUUACCAUCGUUGUGGGGGCUUCUCUGGAUUACAACAAUCCUGGAUUACAUCAUCAUCAUAAUCAUCAUCAUUGUUGUUGUUGUUAUUAUUAUUUAUUUACCUGUCCUUUCGGCUCCAGGCAAGACACAGCAUAAUCAAAUAGAUAUAUAAAAUUGCAUAUUAAAACAUAGUAAUUAUACAGUAGAGUCUCACUUAUCCAACACUCGCUUAUCCAACAUUCUGGAUUAUCCAACGCAUUUUUGUAGUCAAUGUUUUCAAUAUAUCGUGAUAUUUUGGUGCUAAAUUCGUAAAUACAGUAAUUACUAUGUAGCAUUACUGCGUAUUGAACUACUUUUUCUGUCAAAUGUGUUGUAUAACAUGAUGUUCUGGUGCUUAAUUUGUAAAAUCAUAACCUAAUUUGAUGUUUAAUAGGCUUUUUCUUAAUCUCUCCUUAUUAUCCAACAUAUUCACUUAUCCAACGUUCUGUCGGCCCGUUUACGUUGGAUAAGUGAGACUCUACUGUAUUAUUAUUUCGUGUCAGGAGCGACUUGAGAAACAGCAAGUCGCUUCUGGUGAGAGAGAAUUGGCUGUCUGCAAGGACGUUGCCCAGGGGACAUUGCCCAGAUGUUUUGGUGUUUUUACCAUCCUGUGGGAGGCUUCUCUCAUGUCCCCACACGGGGAGCUGGAGCUGACAGAGGGAGCUCAUCUGCAUCCUCUCUGGACUCGAAUGAGCAACCUUCAGGUUAGCAGUCCUGCCGGCACAAGGGUUUAACCCAUUGCGCCACUGGGUGCUCCAGUAAAAUAUAUAAAAACAUACAUAUUAAAAUACCUGAUACAAAAGUUAUGAAAACUCUUAGAAUCUACUUCCAGCCGUAGUUUUUCUCAUGCGCUGCCAUGUGGAAGCCUUCCUUGGAGAUGGUGCCCCAGUGACAUCUGGAGCAUCCCUAUCAGGACAUGCUUUCCGUGUUGCUUAAAUGGCACAUCCCAAAGUGGUUCAAGGUCGGGGUUAAUGCCUUCCCUGCCUCUGCCUUAAUGGUUCCUUUUCCCUCCUUCUCAUAAUGAGGUCAGAUUUUUAAAAGGAUGAGCAUCAUUUUGCGACUGAAUGCAUAUUUCCCCAUUGGAUUGUUUAACCUUUAAAUAUAUAAUGUUUAUUUAUUUUCGUUCAUUCAAAUAUACAUGCAUUGCAAGUGUUUGCUGCAUACAGUGCAAUACUUUCAUCUAUUGGCCUUUCAUAAUCAUUUCUCAG